AUAAGGAGAAGCAAGAGGAGCAUGGAGAGAACUAGACCUGGCUUUGGACCUGUUGGACUUAAAAGCAUUCACACAUGUCCAGUGGAAAGUUGAAUGGACCUCCAUGUGAAUAUCAGGAAAAGGCAGAAGAUGAGAAAUAAAGGAGAAGUCAUUUGCCAGUAGGUGGUAACUGAAAUCUUGAGAGAGACAAUUGAUCACCCUGAGACAGCUUUAUGGGAAGAAGAGAUGAUGUCAAAGAAGGCUGUUUAAUUGAAGUAUGGAAAAUAGGGAGCAAUGGAAAAUAUGAGACGUGGGAAGUGAGUGACUGGAAACAACACAUUUCUAGAAGACAAGAACAGUGAAUGUUUGAUAGAAUGAAAGUUCAGGAAAGAAAGAGGUAUACCAGAGACAAUAGAGAGUGAUACUGAAAGGGCUGGUGCUAUAGCCUAGCGGUGAAGGUAAGCCCGAUCCCACAUAAUCCACUGUAGUUUGAGUCUCAGCCCCAGCAACUUGACAAACAUGCCAUCUUUAUAUGUGCCCAAAGUCCCGACAGGAUGGAAAGAUGGAGAAGAAGGGAUUGCGGUAUGACCGCAUUCCAUUGAUGGGUGCUUUCACCGUCUCCCCCCCCUCUCUCUGUCUCUCUCAGUGAGCACACAUGCACUCUGGCAAUUAAAAAGAAGAAAAGAAAAAUAAAAAAGUGAUCUUGAAAAAAAUGGAGAGACUGUCUCACCACAAUUUUUAGCCAUAUCUGAUUGAGACAUUGAGUGUCAGAGCACCUGGUUCCUAGAUUAGUUCAUUAUUAAUAUAGUCUUAGAUGUUUGGCCUUAGGAUGACUCCUAAGUGAUGAGGACAAAAAUUUACUAGAGGAAGCUUUUUGUCUGUCUUUGGUGUAAAAGCUUAAAGAGUGAUUAAAUAUGAGAACAGAGUUGGGGGGAUUAUGUGUGUAUAAGAAGAAGUGUUCAGAGGAGGAAUAAAGUUGAGAUGGUCAAGAAAGGAAUUGAGAAAACUAGAGCCUUCCCUGCGAAGAGCACAUCUAAGCAUGUUUGUUAUCUUUAAAUAUCUCUAAUAACCUCUCUGUUCUCAUUCAUUCAUUCAUUCAUUCAAUGAAUAUCUGGUAACAUCCUUUAUGCUCCAAGUAUUGUUUUAGAAGCUGAAGAUUUGUAUAAUGAAUAAACCUCCUGCCCUCAUGCUACUCAUAUUGUAAAAAUGGGAGACAGAACAUACACAAAUGUGUGAGUAAAUAUACAUGCUAGAAAGCUGUACGUGGUAUGGAAAAAGAAAAAGCAUGGAGGGGAAUACACAUUGUCAAGCAAAGGGUUAACAUUUUAAGUGAAGCAGUUGUGGAAAGUCUCACUGAGAAGGUAGCUAUUGAGUAAAAGACCUAAAGGAAGUUAGGAAGUGAGUCAUCUGUAUUUGGUGGACAGUAGCAAUUCCAAAGAAAGAAAACAGCAAAUUCCAGUGUCCCAGGGAACAAGCAUGUUUAAUAUAUUUGAGGAGAGAACUCCAGUAUGACUGGAAUGAAGGUAAUAAAGAGCCAUGAGGCUAGGAUGGUCAUAAGGUUAGGGGAUGAACUUACAGGUCAGGGUAAGAUUUGGGCUUUCACUUGGGAGAAGAUAGAAAGUCAUCUGGACUUUAUUUAUUUGUUUAUGUGUUUGAAAGGAGUGUGUUAUUAACAAUAUUGGAGAAAAAAUGAUGAGGUAUGAAAUGUCUCCAUAAAAUGGCCUGGACCUUUAUAAAGUGAAUGAGCAGACAUUUCUAACCAGUCUCAGCUUGUGGUGAAGCCGGUCAGCUAUGAGGAUCCAUUAUCUUCUGUUUGGGCUGCUCUUCUUGUUCUUGAUGCCUGCUCCAGGUAAUGGAGUAAUCAUAAAAACAAUACAAAAAAUGUAUUGCAAAAUAAGAGGUGGCCGGUGUGCUAUGAUCAGCUGCCUUCCAAAGGAGGAACACAUAGGCUUCUGUUCAAGUAGAAAAUGCUGCCGAAAAAAGAAGUAAAAGUCCAAGGUCAGGUGGUGGUGCUAUGGUAUCGUCACUGGACCCACCUGUGAAGGGUCCCGGGUUGACAUCCCAGGAGUCCUCUGAGCACGCACAUGUACAGACAAUCUGAGCUGGCUGAGCUGAGGGUAAAUGAAGGCAUGAGGACUCUGUCUGAAGUGCUUGCCCUUCUUUCUCUCAUGGAAGAAAUGACAACAUAAUCUUAAAAAAACGAAAGUCAGAAAUACGAUAAAAAUGUUGUAAACU